AUGUCGCCUCGUGAGUGGGAGGCCGAGUGGCGGCGGCAGGAUAAUGCAAGCAUGUCUAAAGGUGAUAAGAAUUCAGAUGAUGGAGAGAUCUAUGAGACUAUUCCAAGCAAAGCUGAAGAGGGCGGCAGUGAUGAAUCUACACCUACAAACUCUUACGCACCACAGCCGGCCGCCGACGAGAAGGAUUCAUCUGACGCGAACAGCGACAAUUCAACUGAAAUGGACAGCGAUGAUUCAACACUGGCCCAUUCUCAUGGGCUGCCAGAAAUGUGGACACCGGAGGAAGGCGAAUUGGACCCGCUUGGAGCAGAAGCAAUCGCUACAAAUGUGCAGAGCUCGCCGCCAGCAUAG